AUGGCAUCCGGAACCACCACCCCCACUCCCGCCCCAGGGACCGCAGCAGCGGCCUUUGACAAAGCAAGCGAGGUCUACGAGCGCAUGACUGGUGGCUGCACACGCGAGGUCGCCAAGUUUCUUUUAACGCUUGAUCCCAAGGUUGACUCAUCCUCGGUGAUCCUCGACAACGCCUGCGGAACUGGACUCGUCACCGAGGAGAUCAUCCAGCAAUUUUCUGAUGAUGCAAAGCCAAAGAUCUUCGCGGCGGAUCUUGCGCCCUCUAUGAUUGCCAACUUCGAGGCAAAGGCGAAGGGUCGAGGAUGGAUAGUUGAUGGCGCUGCCGAUGACGAUAGUGCCUUAGCUGUAUCGGUGAUGGACGCUGAGAACCUGACGUAUCCCGAUAACAUGUUCACACACUCGUACACAAACCUCGGGUUCCCGUUCUUCUCCAACGGCGAGAAAGCCGCAGGCCAUGUACAUCGGACGCUGCGACCGGGUGGAGCGGCGUUUAUAUGUACGUGGAAGACGCUGGGGUAUUUGCGGCCUCUGCAUGCGGCUCAGCGGGCGGUCCGUCCGACAAGUACCUUGUGGGAGCCACCCAUGCCCAAGGACUGGUAUACACAGGAGAAGCUGGCUCAUGUGGUGGUUGCUGCAGGAUUUCAGAGGGAGAAGAUACGCAUUCUCACCAAGUCGGUGGGAUACCGAGGGAAGGACUUGGAGGAUUUGUUGGAUAUACUGAGAACGGGGUUUCUAGGACAAGUGACGAACGGCUGGAGUGAGGAAGAGAAGGAACACUGGUUGAAGGAGCUUACCAACGCUCUAACAGAAGAAGAGAAGGAGAGUGCUAGCCUCGAGAUGAUUGCCUGGAUUGCGAUUGCACAGAAGUAA